GGGCCUUAUCUAGAUAUAUUCUCAAACAGCUCCCGUCCCUCUGCUGAAAACUCUAAAAACAAGAGAGGAAAAGGAAAUCAAUUUCAACAUCUCUUCACAGAAAUGGCGAACUCUCUUUGUUUUUCACCUCUGAUUUCCUUCAACACCGCUGAAAAACCUGGACCUGUAAGUCUCCAUGCUGGUAGGAAAGUCAAUUGGCUAUCUGAUGCCACAUACAGCUCUAGAACUGCUGAUUUCAGAGUUUUAAAGGCCGCAGACAAAAAAUCUAGCACCAAAACGACUAGCAUUCUCUGUACUGAUUGUGAGGGAAAUGGUGCAAAAAAAUGUCCCCAGUGUGAAGGUACUGGAGUUAAUUCAGUGGAUCACUUUAACGGGCAGUUCAAAGCUGGCACCUUGUGUUGGCUUUGCAGGGGUAAAAAGGAGAUCCUUUGUGGAAAUUGUAAUGGUGCUGGCUUCAUGGGUGGUUUCAUGAGCACAUUCGAAGAUUAGCAUUAAGAAUGUUGAAUCUGUCAACAUCUUCAGUACUAUUCAUCUUUGAUUUUGUUGUAUCAAUUUUGUCAAGAAGGCUGACACAAAGCAACAGGUAAGGGUAUGGAUCUAGUGCUUUAGCAAAUUGGAAAGUUCAGAAGAAUUCUAGAAUUGUAUUUAUAUUUUUGGUAUAUCCUUCAUUGUAAGCUUGAUACUUGUGGCCACAUGCAUUAGCUUGUGAGAGUUUGUUUUUAGUUUAAAGCUGGAUACUCCUAUUCUUUAUGUG